AGAGAGUGAGUGAAAGAGAGAGAGAGAGAGAGGUGUUUCAAACAUGGCUGCGGCUUCGUAGAAAGAUGAUUCAAAAUACUACCAGCGCAAACCAGAAAGAAGGGGGGAUUAGCAGGCAGAGAGACUGAAAAGGAGAAACAAAAAAUACCCCGAUCAUAGCAGCUCUCCUGUAACGUGGAUCUGAGUUUUUUUCGAGACCACCCAAGCACUCAGUUGGUGGGGUUGGAGAAAAUUGUAUCUGAGUGGUGGAAAAAAAAGAUUGAAGAAGAGGCGAUAUUUCCCCCCUUUGGUAAAGAAACAAUCUCCUACCUGCAACAGGGGCACAGAGAGAUCGCGAUACCACCCGGACACACACACAGAGAAGCGGCUAGCCAUCGUUAAAGGCUUCCGGACUCCCUUUUAUUUUAUUUUUUUAUUAUUAAUAUAUUUUGCAAAAUUCAAUUAAUGGUAAGGAAGAGCAACGUAUUAGGAGAGCGCGCCCCGUGUGUGCAUGUUUAAAGAGCACGGCUCUUUUGCAAAUCCGGAGGAUCUCAGAUUUUCAUGGAUAGAAACUACCCAGCACCCGGAUUUGGCGAUUUAAGUGCGGGAGCAGGAUGGAGCUACGAACGCUCCCCAAAAGCAAGCCUGGUGUAUGGAAGUUCUCGAUCCUCCCAUCCAGACACAGACAUCCUCCACCGACAGGCCUAUGCGACACCACACCCUCUCCAGGGCUAUGCAACUAAUCACCAUCCUGCAGGCCUCUCAGGUUUGUUUGAGACUGGUUUGCACCACGCUGGAACUGGGGCCCCUGAUGCCUCUGUAAUGAACCUCAUUUCUGCUCUCGAGUCCAGAGGACCUCAGCCAGGUCCCUCGGCAUCCUCCCUUCUUUCUCAGUUCAGGACACCUUCCUGGCAGACUGCCAUGCAUACCCCUGCUCCUGCUGAACUUUUUAUCUCUGGUGCACUUCCUGGUUCUGGAACAUUCCCUUCUUCUUCAGCUUUGUCAGCUUAUCAACAUCCAGCAUCAUUCACUGGCAGAAGUUUUCCGGGUGUGACAUCCUCACUGUCACUGCAAGAUGCCACCACAUUCAGUCCUACUUCCAAUGGUCUGUUGUCACCACAUGACCCACUUCUUCACAUUAAAACCCCGCCACAGGCGUCAGCGCUAGGUUUUGACAGGCUUUUGUCCUCACAAGGCACUGCUUACAGGGGAGGUCAGGACACUGCACCUCCACCUCCCCCACAUCCUCCUCCUCCACCUCCUGCACCAUCUCGACAUCUUCCUCCACCCCAGUUCAACUUGCUUUCUUCCCAGUUGCAGGAUCAGCCUUCACAGUUAUAUAAUACCUCUGUCUUCUCCACUGCUCCACCACCAAGUUCUAGUAUAGAGCGGGCCAUUCCCCGACAAGAUAGCGUGAUAAAGCACUACCAGCGGCCAUCUGCAUCUCAGUCCCAACUGUCCACAUCAGCUGCCCACUCUCUUCAGCACUACUUAAGUUGUGGUGCUGCCAGCUAUCAGCAGAUGUCACAGCACCAUCACCGGUCCAGCCUGUCCUGCAGCCCACUUGGUGACCAAAGUCCUGUAGGGAGUGGUGGAACACCCAGCACCAACAACUCUGAUCAACAGCAGCAACAAUCAAAGUCUAACCAGCAGGCACGCCAAGACCAACAAGCCUACAGACCUAUCAUCCAGCCAUCCCCUGCUUACAGCUCUGGUGGAGGAGGUGGAUCAGUGUCCAGUGUGUCAAAUAGUGGUGGGGGUGCAGGAAAGACGAAAGGUGGUGGUGGGGGCUACUCCUCUUCUGGGGGUUCACGGCACACUCCCACCUCUUCCUCAUCUUCAUCAUCUUCUGCAGGUCGUCCUUCUGCUGCUCAGGCCGCCAGUAAGUCGUGCCAAAGUGUCACAGGAUAUGGCUCGCCAGCUAGUGUCAAGACAGGGUCUGUAAUUUCCAGCCAGACCCCACCACAGCAGGCUACUACACAGGCCUCUGCAUACUCUCCGGGUCAACCACCCUCAUCCCAACAAGCUCUGUUAUCCCAGCAAAGCUAUGCUCAAGGAUUUGGGUCUCCACAAGCUCAAGAUCUUACAGGUGGUACUGGAGGUGCAGGAGCUGGUGGUGGUAGUAAGGGUUAUGGCAGUUUGGGUGCAGGACAAGGUUUUAAUACAGACGUUUAUGGGGGAGUACAGCCAGAGUCUGGCUACUCCAGUUUACCGGCAUCUUUAGGUGCAGGGAGUCCUUCAUUGGGUUAUGGUGCUACUGGGCACUCUCCAGCUCUUUCUGGUAGUCUUGUAGUUGGCGGAGGCUCAUCUGGUGGCUCUGGAGGUAGCUCUGGUUCAGGAGCAGGAAGCAGUGCUGGCUCAGGUGGGUUUCCUUCUCACCUUCCAGACUCUAGUCCUUCUCCGUCAGGAUCUACUCAUGGUGCAAUCAUUCGUCCCAGCCUGCAGUCACCAGGUAGCAGUCGGGCAACACAGCCUUCGCAAUCACCCGGAAAUGGAGUGCCAUCCCAAAAAUAUUUAACAUCAGUACUGUCGCCUUCCUUUUUGGGAUCACCACCAACCUUCCAAGAUUCCAGGGCCCGUAGUGUUGGUGGACCCCCAUAUCAUAGCUCAAAAUCUAAAGCUGAGUCUGACCUACUAGCUGUAGCAACUUCUGUGGAUAGACCCGAAGAUGAAGAUGAUGAUGACUUCCUGAUUCAGCACCUCCUUCAAUCGCAGAGCCCACCACCUCCUACCCCACAGUCAGCCAGUCAGCAAGCCGCCCAGCAGCAGGUCCCACCUCCUAGUGUGCCAUCUGACUGUUCAGAGGACAGUGUAGCAGCUGCAAAGGGUCUGGUUUAUGAGAUGAGCAAGUCAAGUGAGGAGAGAUAUCAAUUGCAAAGUGUAAUUCGUACCAACAGCGCCAACAAUGGGCCUCUGCCUGGUACUGGAGCAAGCAACUCUGCUAACCCCUCAUUAGAAAGGCAGUUGGAGUUGUCUCUGCACCAUCAAAGUCUAAAAGAUAAGAAAAAAGAGAGGGGUGGUCGGCCCACUGACCAGGACUCUUUAGCUUCAGUAGUGCACUAUAGCCGCACUGACCCAUACAAUACUCAGGAAUUGAAAAAAGCUCAGAAUGACCAACUGUUACAGCAGCAAGGAAAAUCGGAUCUCUUUCUACGUAAAACUCCAGACCAGCAUGCCCCUAGGCUUGUCCCUGACACUCAGUCUGCGGGUCUAGACAGUCAUACUAUACAACAGCAACAAGGAGCAGCAAUGUCACUCCUUGACUCUUCUCCUGAUCACCAGGGGGCAUCCCAGGCUCCCCCAAACUCCCAUUUGCUUCAGUCUGUGCUUGCUCACACUCCCAGGAAAGCAAUGGAACAGCAUCCACUAAGUCAGCAUCACCACUUAAUUGAGGCUCAGAGACUUGGAGGAAUGGGCACACCAGGGGCUGGUGGAGGCGAUUCUCAAUCUCCAACAUCCCAGCUUCAGCUUCAGCUGCAGUCACAGGCUUUGGAAGCUCAAUUACAUAUCCAUGUUCGGGGUCAACCCCAGCAGUCUAGCUCCCAGGCAAUGGAUUCCCGCUCGCAGUCCAUUGAAUCACAGUUGCUUGAUCACUCUCAUUCUAUUUCUCAGCCACCCAAUGGAGAAGGAGCUGAAGACCACCACAGGCAUCACCAUGGUCGUCAUCACCGGCCACCACAUGGUCUUCAUGGUUUGCAUCACCAGCGCUCACCACAGGAAGUAAUGCAGGGGGAAGGUAUGCGUCCACCUUCACACCAGGACCUGCAGACAUUUUUGGGUGAAUCCGAUCUUAGUCUGUCUGCACAUCACAAUCCUCACUCCCAGCAUCAUCAUCAACAGCACCAUCACCACCACCACCUUCAGCCCCAUCACCACCCACCACAGACUCAUCACCACCAAAUGGGACCUCAACCUUCAAGUGAUGCCGACAGGAUGGUUGAUAGUUCACAGCAGGUUCCUCAGACUCAAAUGGACACUAGUAAAGAUCAUCAGUUUGAUCCUUCCAGUCCCCCAGGUUCCAAGCAGCAAGCACAGCCUCAGCAGCGAUUUGUGCCACUCACCUCAAUCUGUUUCCCAGAUUCACUUUUGCAAGAUGAAGACCGUUCCUUCUUUCCUGGAAUGGAAGACAUGUUUUGUGGACCUAGUGAUGAUUACUCAAAGAGUAGUUGUGCUGGUGGUGGUGCUGGUGGUCCAGUAGGUGACCCUUCAGGUGAUGGAGUGACAACGGGAGACAGUGGUGGAGACGUGGAUGUUGGAAGACGAGCUGGUCCAGAUGGAGUAGUAGACCAGGUGAAGUCUUCGUCUGGUUAUGAUAUGAUGUCUCAUACUGGUCCAGGUGGAUAUGGACCACCUUAUUGUCAAGCAAUGGCUGGUCCAGAUUCUGGGAAUGGCCAUCAUCAUUCAACAAUGCAUCUUGAUUUGGAUUCACUUAAACAACAUGAACUGCCCUCUACUGUUAAUACAGAACAGCUAGGCCUUAUCCAGUCACAGCCUACCAGUUCUUCUGGCCUUGGGAUUGGUGGAAGUGGGGCAGAACCCUCUGUAAGCAAGCAUAUGUCCACCACUCCUGGCCUAACUUCCCCCAUUUUCUGCUCAUCACGUCCCAAGAAACUCUUGAAAACUAGCUCUUUCCAUCUUCUAAAGCGACGGGAUCCCCAAAGCCAACCACCCCCCAAGAAGACUUAUGCCCAAGAGUAUGAGUUUGAGGAUGAUGAGGAUAAAGCUGAUGUACCUGCAGAUAUACGACUGAACAGUAGACGACUGCCAGAUUUACUUCCCGAUCUGAUAUCCAGUUGCAGAAAGAGUGGUGGCAGAGGUUCACUAAGCCCAAUGAUGGGAGAUCUAGAUUUCUGUAACAGCCAGAACUACCACCACCUACAACCACCUAUCACUGAUGGCCCAAAGAAAAGGGGCCGUAAGCCUACCAAGCCAAAAAGAGAAGGACCUCCAAGGCCCAGAGGCAGGCCUCGCAUUCGUCCUCUCCCUUUAACACCAGUAGGCACGAUGGGUGGAGUUGGAGAAAUCAAAAAACCAAGAGGAAGAGGUCGAGGACGCGGAAAAAAAGAAGAGAUUGUCGGUGCAGUAGUAUCUGAUCAAGCUAAAAUGGAGCCUCUCAAGCCACUCAAGAUCAAACUUGCCCUCCCUAAGCCCACCGAUGAACAGCAUCCGCUAGUUCAUUCUGACCCUCUUAGUGGUUCAGACCCUUCUCUGUCUGAUAACUCGGCAGCGGCAGCUGCUGCUUUGGGAUUAAGCCCUGGCCCAGGUUUGGAUCUCAACCGGACUCAGGAGAAGAUUAAACUGAAGGUACAGGAGGUAGAGGAGAAGCAACCAGAAAUGAAAUCGGGGUUCAUGGCCUCGUUCCUAGACUUCUUGAAGUCUGGGAAACGGCAGCAGCUUCCAUCCUCUGGAUCAGCUAGCCCUGGAAAGGGUGGUCGUCCUUCACCAUCCGGACAGCAGGCUGGUGGAGCUCCAUUUGGCAGCCCGCCAGUACUGAGUGCAGGAGGCCUGGACAGCUCAGAAGGUGACAGUCUAGGUUUGAACUGUCCUAGCCCAUGCAAAAGAUUGGAUGAAGAGCUGAAACGCAAUCUGGAAACUCUACCGUCUUUUUCUUCAGAUGAAGAGGACUCGGUUAGCAAGAACCAAGAUCUUCAGAAGAGCAUCUCCUCUGCCAUCUCUGCUCUUUAUGAUCACCCGCAGCUGACCAGUGUGACGGCAACUCCAGCCAGUGCACCAAACCCUCCUACCACCUCUGCAUCAACUGACGCAGUAUCAGAGCCCAGCAGUGCAGCCAGCAACUCUCCAGAACCGCAAGAUAGCCCAGAAUCUGAUGCUCCUGAAGAGCCAGCCACCAUAACAACAAAUGUGUGUUGUGAAAAUCGUGAUUCUAAAGCCAUCCCAGAGGAAACUGUGGAAAAUGAGCCCCCAGAGCCAAAUAAUACCCCCAUACCUGAGCAACCACCAGCCCCGUCUCCUCCUCCCCCAGCUUUAGAAGACUCUGAGUCCCCACCUUCUCCUCAUGAUUCAGUACCAGAGCUUCCUCCUGCAGAAGCUGAGCCCUCACCCCAGACCCCCGAGGAGUCCCCUGACUCAAGGCCCUUACAUCUCGCCAAAAAACAGGAUACAGCAGCCAUAUGUGGUGAGUCUGAAGAUGAGGAGGCCGAGAGUGGUGGUGAAGGCAUCUUCAGAGAAAGGGAUGAGUUUGUUGUACGAGUUGAAGAUAUUCAAACUCUUAAGUUGGCUCUUCAGACAGGUCGGGAGCCACCUCCAAUUUGGCGAGUACAGAAAGCUUUGCUACAGAAGUUUACACCGGAGAUCAAAGAUGGCCAGCGACAGUUUUGUGCCACAAGCAAUUACCUGGGCUAUUUUGGUGAUGCUAAAAAUCGUUAUCAGCGCCUUUAUGUGAAGUUCCUGGAGAAUGUUAACAAGAAGGACUAUGUUCGUGUGUGUUCCAGAAAACCAUGGCACCGGCCCCUUCAGUCCCUUAGAGAAAAAGAAGCCCCUGUUCCACUGAGUGCAGCGUCAUACAGAAUAAGGCGGCAAAACCAACCCAAAACACCUGGUCCAAGCAAGACGAUGACACCUCCAAAAGUGGAGAGAGAAGUGAAGACAGAAAGAGAGGAGAAGGAAAAGGAAAAAGAAAAAGAACAUCCUGAAACAGACAGACCAAAUCCCAGAGAGCGACUAGAGAGGGAUAAAGAGCGUCUUGAUAAGAGGGAACGACCUCAGGAAAAAGAAAAGCCUGAGAAAAAGACUUUGGAGAAGGCUGAGAAAAAAAUUGAAAAAAAUGAAAAGAAAGGAGAAAAGCCUGAGAAGAAAGGUGGUGAGAGGUCAGAGAAGAAACCCCGAGAAGCCACAGAAAGGGAAAGGCCUGAGCGGGCUGAAAGAAAGCCAGCAGAGAGGCCUGAAAAGAAGCAGACUACCACUGACCGAUCUGAGAAAACUGAGAGACAAGUUGGGCUUCGGGCCAAGCAAGCUAAACAGCCUAAAGUGAAGGCUGAGCCUCCACCCAAAAAAAGAAAGAAAUGGCUCAAAGAAGUGCCUUCCUCUUCUGAUUCAGAGUCAUCUGCAGAACAGCCAAGUGAAGAGGAAGAGCGGCUACCAGCUGGCAGAGGACUGAACACAAGAGCCAUGAAGGAAAUGUUCCGAAGCUAUGUAGAGAUGCUAGUUAGUACAGCACUAGAUCCUGACAUGAUUCAAGCCUUAGAAGAUACUAAUGAUGAGCUGUACCUGCCUCCUAUGAGAAAGAUAGAUAACAUCCUGAAUGAACACAAAAGAAAAGUCCUGCGACGCAUCUCUCUGUCCCCUUCCCUUCAGGAGGCUCUGCAUUCUUUUCCACAACUGUCGAUGGAUCCAGUUGACUCAACAACAGUAAAGGUUCGACUUGGUGGUGAGCCCUACAAUCGCAAGACACUGAACAAGCUUAGAAAAAAUGUUCACAAGCCCCAGGAUUUUAAGUUGGGUGUGGAGAACUGCAAACUCUAUAGCCUGUACCAUGGCCUGCAUCACUACAAGUACCACACAUUCCUGCGCUGUAAAAAAGAGACUGACUGUAUUGAGCAACAGGCUGAGGACCCAGGACAGGAAGAAGUAGUUCAACAGUGCAUGGCAAACCACCGUUGGCUGGAGACAUUGUUUGAGUCCUUCAGUGAGCUUCUCACUCAUACCUCGCAGGCUUGUGCCUGAGACUUGACUUAAUAGUGCAAAGGAAAAGGGGAGAGUGCCAGCCAACUGGGGCUGAAUAGAGGGAGGGUAUGAAGACCAUGAGAGAGCCCAUUCACGGCUGCCCAGUUAUUUAUGAGCCAGGGCUGGAAACAUGCAUUCUGGUCCAUCCACAAAGGAAAGGGGAAACUGCUCAUCAAUGUGGGCUGGGUAUGGCUUCAGAACUGACACUCCACUUCCAAAAAGCAUAAAAUGAUAUACAUUUGUAGAUCUGGUGGUUCGGGGGUGGACUUGGGGAUGAUCUAGAGCCCAUUACCUCUCUGGUGACCAGUGACACACAAUGUGCUAGCUUAACCCCCCCAGGUUACACACACCUCCUUUCUCUUUCUUUCAGCCCACAUCACACCCCCGCAUCCACAUUUCCCCUGUAAACUGUGGUACGCCUGCCUGUUGGGGUUUAAAAGUGUAAGAGGGUAGAACUCUGCUUUAUUGUUAGGUAUUGUUCCUCCUUUUCAGUAUCCUGUUUCAAGCUAAAAUCCCAAUACAAAUUCCACAUUCUAUCUACAUAGGAAUUCAGAUUGUGAAUUUAAAAUCGGUAUCAAUCAUGUCUUUCAUUAACAUUUCUUUAUCCCUGUAUCCUGUUUUAGAUGUUUAGCAUCAUUCUCUCCCAAGCCUUCUAUUGUCCACCUCUCUACUCUCAAAAAGAUUAAAUUAAAAUGGAUAGUUAAUGCUCCACGACAAGCUGUUGAUCAGGUGUAUUGCAUUGAAUACAAGGAGGAGUGCAUGCAGCCUUCACUUUCACACCCCAGACAGAUACCCCCCAACACUCACACAUAGUGCUAAACAAAAUGUUCCACAACUACAAUAAUGGCUCUUCAUCUCUCUUGCAAUGUGGAUGAAAUAGUAAAAACUCUUUUUGUACACAAUAUGGGAGAGCUCAAUUUAGUUUACUGAUAACGUAAACCCUGAAAAUUAUUUUUACGUGAUAAUGGUAUGGUUUGUCAGCUCAAAUUGUAAUCAUGUACUGAAAUGGUUUACAGGUUUGUUUGCUUUCCUGCUUUUUUGUUUAAUUUCGGUUUCACCCUAUUCAUCCCUCCAAUCUUUUCAAAUUCCAAAUUUUUUGUUUUAGUUCCUUCUAUGCAAGAGCAUUCAGUCCAUUGUAAGGAACUAAAUUAAUAUGAAAUUCACCACUGAAUGAGCAGUUUUAAGGGGGGCAACAGGAGGCAUGCAACUUGGUGUUCAGAGUAAGUAGUAAACAAGGCAUGGUGCUACCCCAUAUCAUUUCAAAAGAAAAAGUAUAGCUUUACAGGCACAAAUACAAUAUUCCUGAAGAAGAGUAACCAAAUGGCUGUUGCAAGGCAUGGAUGUGAUUUUUGGAGUUUAAUUUUUUUAUUGUAAUUUGAAUCUCUUUGAUGUCUAAAUGUGUAUAUAUAUAUAUAUAUAUAUAUAUAUAUAUAUAUAUAUAUAUAUAAUUUCCCCUCCCUCAACUUCUCCAAACCCCCAGUGGAUGAAGGUAAAGAAGCAGUUUGCUGAAGGAAGACUUGGGUUUCUUUUUAAUGACUUGUAAAUAUUGUACAGUAGCAAUAUGCAGAGCUGUUCUUUGUAUUAUACUGUACUUGAUCAUAUUUAGUGGCAGAGUAGCCUUUAAAAACUGAGGUCCACUUUGAAAAGGGGUGUACCCCACCCCCCCAUUGCUUCUCACAUUUUUGGGUUAAUAGCAGUGCCACCAACGCACGAUUAAAGAGAAUCAAUCUGCUAUUCCAUUUUGUUUUGCCAAGGGUAAUCGGACUAAUGUGAAAGUAAACUCUGAAUUCUGUAAACCGAGAGAGAGAUUAAGCAGAGGUCCAGCUGUUGGGCAAGUGCAUAGGGACUUUGUUUUGUUUUAAUUAAAGUUAUGACAAAAGUUUAACACUCCUAGUAGAAUUUUUAAAAUGGGGAAAAUAGAGAAGUAUUUUCUGGUGUCAGGGUCACUGCAUGCAACUUUAAAGUUCUUUUCAAUGGUAUUUGGCAUUGUAGCUGUGUGGUCAAUUGGCCUAAGUUAAUAACAUAUUAAAAGACUGCAUAAGAAUUUGGUUAAGAAUUUGGGUCAGCGCCCAUAUCAAAGAUGGUCGAAACAGAAUGUGUAAGAAUCAAGCAAAGAGAGAGUGCUAAACUAAAACUCACCUUGAAAAUGAAUGUGUGACCCUUUUAUUUGUAAAUGAGCUAAUUUCACUUCACAGUUCGAGCCCUGGUACGAUUAUGAGGACGCCACGGUUGUCCUGCCAGCCGCUCAAUGGUACUAAAACAAUAGUAGUUUUUAGACUUUGAACAUGCUAAAAACUGUUUAAAUGAUGGAUGGCUGUACAAUUUGUCCCAGCAGUACAUUUUAAUGUUUCCACUCACAACUGUGUGUAUGUUUGAGUGUGUGCGUGCAUAUGUAUGUAUGUAUGUAUAUAGAGGGAGUAAAAUAAGCCAAAGCUUUUAACAGCCCACUAAAUCUAGCUUCUUACUAAAAUUGCUGCCAGUUUGGAAUCACUGUGUUGACACAUGUUCUUUAUUUUGCAGAAGGGUUUUAACACUCUUCCCUGCCACUACUGAUGCAAUAUCAGCAACUUUGUACAAGCCAUUGGUGGAUAGGGAAUUCAUAGGAGUUUGGUGUUUAGGCUGCUCUUGUAUAUUUUUAAUUGUAUUUUUUUUAAACUACAUAUGGGUUUUCCCAUUUGUUGGUUAAUGCAAGGAUUUUUAUUUCAUCAAAUCCCUGACUAUAUAGUUUUUGAAAGUCAGUGUGUAUUUCAGUUUUGUUAACUAGAAAACCUGAACGCCUUGGAGCUUUGCAGUCUGCCACCAGGGCAUUGUGCUAGUUGUGGAACAGACAUUUCUGAGAGUGGGUGGGAUGGGGAUGGAAUAUUUGAAUCAUUUCAGCUGUAAAAAUAAUGAUCAGAUAUUUUUAAUAGCAUGGUUGCAAUGUAUCUUUUUAACUGCAUUGUUUUCUGCAUCCUGAGUUACGUUUUACUAAUAUAAUGGAUGUCAUGGUCAUGUUGGCAUAUAAUGCUAAGAAUCAGUGCUAAUUAACAUGACUCUGACCAUUUUUUCACAACAGAAACAUUGUGUCCAUGAUUUAAUAAUUGUUGGUGGUAUAAGAAUUGCAGUAAUUUUUAAACAAAAGACACUUUUUUAUUCUAAAAUGACUGGUUUUUACAUAUACUAAAUAGGCUAAGAAGCUAAGUUAUCAUUUUUAUUCUGCCAGCUCACAGUAUAUCUCUAGAAAUGAAUAAAACAGGACAGGAAUUGGGUCCCACAGUCCUCAAGUGGGCGUGCCUGAAUUUAUUAUUUAUUUAAUUUUCUUAUUGUAUUACAUGUUAUGGUAUUACUUCAUUUAACCCCAUCCCCACUCAAAAAGGGUAAUAUGACCAAACCAAUGCCUGAUAGGGGAAGUCUGGACAUCCUGCUGGUAUUUUUAAGUAGAAGACAGAGCUGCUUCUCUGUGGAUGACAGAAAUGCACCUCGUCCCACCCCCACCCGAAACCCCUUCAGUGGGCCUUUUUUGUCUCUCUUUUAUGAAAUAAAAAAGAAAAAAAAAACACAAAAAAACAAAGCUAAUGUGUUUGAGUGUUAAUUGUUAAUGCCUCAAAGGUAUCGUUAUUGUUUCAUUUUCGUGUUUCUGUAAGAUUGUGUUCUAAUAUUAUAAUUAUUAUAAUUAUUAUAUUUUUAUUGUUUUAGUGUCGGACAACGGUUUUUUUCUCAAUAUGUAAACUUGCAUUGUAUAGUGUGUACACAACAACUCGAUUAAAGAGAAAAACACUUUGUUUACAAAAUUA